AUGCAAAGUCCAGCUGCACUAAAUUUGAAAGAUCAAUAUGAAGGAAAUGAACCAAAAUUAAAGGCUGAAGAUUUUAUUGAAUUAAUUAAACGUAAAGACCCCCAACUUAAAGGAUUUUUUAAUCUUUUAUAUAACGCUAUGAAUCCUCAAAAAAAAAAUAUAAAAACACAAGAGAACUUAAAACAAAAAGUCAUAUCUGGAGCUUCAGCUCACUGUAUAGAUAUAGUAGCAAAUAUGGGAUUAUGUACUACUUAUCAAAUGGCCUUUAACAAAUUAAAUCAAAUAAAUGAUGAACACUAUACUGGUCUUAAUAAUCUCCUGAUUGCAUGCAUCAAUGAUUAUCAUAAUCUCUAUGGUACUCAUAUUCUGACAACAAAUUCUACUUCACAGAUUGUUACUAUGGUGAUUAUAUUAUUUAAUUCUAUAGAAAGUACACCUGUUCUCUAUUAUUCUAGAUAUGGUUUACCUAUGCAUAAUCCCUGUGGUAUUGAUCCUAUAGUUACAAUUUCAAAAAAUCAAAUUGGUGUUAGGCAUCUGACUUAUCAUAUGAAACUGAUGUAA